AGAAACCGCAAUCUUUUUAACACGUCGUGCACAAUCAUCACGUGCAGCACGUGGACCUAUUACGUCAUAACUUCGCCAACACCCGGUGAAGACCCUGGCAGUUUGAUCUUGAGAACGAAAAAUUGAGAUAAAGUCCACGUGGGAACAUUGUCCUGGGCUUCCAAUAUGUACGCGACAGGACUUCUUGUCGUCUGCUUCCUGCAGCUGCUUGACGGGUCGGAAGGCCUCAUCGCGGACUGUAACGUUGACAAUAUCCUCUGCACAAACCCAUCACCCCCCAAGUUGGAUGUUUACUACUCCGGGCAGCAGAUCGCAUGUAACACUCUUCUGCAUAUCGGAGACGUUACCAGUGUGCCACGUAUAGAGUUCAAACAAGGGAGGGAAGGUGAAAGUUACGUCCUUGUGUUCGCGGACCCAGAUGCUCCCUACCCGUGCGCCAGCUCCGACGGCAGCAACUACCUCCACUACGCCGCUGUCGUUAAACAGACGAAUGGCGUUUUGAAGCCGUCGCAAGAACUCGUUCAUUACCGUGGCCCACAUCCACCAAGAGGCACACACCGGUACCAGUUUUAUGUCUUUCGCUGGACAUCCAAUCAGAGACCGGUGCUCCACAACUCGGACCGAUCGAGAGGCCACUUCCAACUAAACCGGUUCAAGACGGACAACCAUUUGAAUGAACCGGUUGCGGUGUUUCAGGUGAAGGUCCCGCAUACUUAAUCUCUUUUUGAGAUAUAAGAAUAAUACCAUGUUGUAUUGAUUUUGGAAAUAACAAAUUUGUUAAAUAAAAGGAGCUCUUCAGAGCUACAGAUAA